ACUCUCAACAUUCAAAUUUAACCCUAACACAAACUCCAAAAUUUACAAGUCUCGCAACCUACACUUCUAAACAAGAAAAAAUUAUUUUUGAAUUUAACACGAGCCCAUUAAAAAAACAAAUAGGAUUAGACAUGAGUAGUGAUCAUUCCUCCCAAAAGAUACCAAGAUACGAAAAGUUAGCAAAACCGAAAUUAAAAAUCGAUAGGAUUAGCAACGUUAAUCCUUACAAAAUAAAACCUUCAGCCUUGUCUUAUCAGAUAACGGAUACAUUGAACAAACUUGCUCAACCUAAACGAAAACCCGAAGUAAAUAUUUACGAUUAUCCUAGUUCUUCAACGAGAACGAUUAACACCUCACCUCAAAGCACAGAAAAAUCGAUGAAAAGGAAGUUGAUAAACAGUAGCGAAGAAUCAAGAAAUAUCGAGAAUCUUGGAAAGAAAAAAAAUCUUUUAGAUUCUUAUGCUCGUAUAACUGCAACGAGAAACAGACGGUGUCCAAAACGUUUGAGAGAUUUAGCUAAACCCAAGAGGAAUUCCAUCGGUAACGAGAAUGCUUAUGGAAAUUUUGAUAAAAACUAUUACAACACAGUAAAAGUCUUCGCUCCAAAAAUGAAUACAACUUUUGGGAGUCAACAAAAGAGAUAGCAAAAUUUUUCGAAAUUUGUUUCUUUUCUUCUUCUUUUCCGAAAAUGUUAAUACAUAUUUUCAAAGAUUUCUAAAGAUCUGUCAUAUGUAUGAAACAAAAACAAUAAGCAUCAAAUAAAUUUUUCACUGA